AUGUUCGUUCGCGUUCCGGAGAUUGUAAGCAAAGAGACGGUUUCGGUUGCUUUGGUGGGCAAGGUGCUGUGUGAGCUUGAUCUCGUUGGGUUCGCACUGUUUGCACCGGCGGCUGUUAUGUUUCUCAUGGCGCUGCAGUUUGGCAGUGGAGAGGCUUACGCUUGGAACAGCGCGACCGUCAUCGGUUUGGUCUGUGGCGCUGCUGUGAUGGCCCUGUUCUUCAUCGCUUGGGAGACAAGAAUGGGCGAUCGAGCUAUGAUUCCUGGUCGCUUACUUCGAAAGCGUGUCGUAUGGACUAGCUGCGUGUUCGGCUCGGCACUCAUGUGUUGCAGUAUCGUUGCGAGCAAUUGGCUUCCCACCUACUUCCAGGCGGUCAAAGGUGAGGGGCCCACUCUUAGUGGAGUGCACAUUCUGCCUAGCAUCCUUAGUGCUUUGAUGUUUGUUGUGGUGACUGGAGCUGCAAGGAUACUACCUCCCGCUGGGCCUUCUCUGCGGUAUCUUGACAGCAAUAGGUGCUGGUCUUGUCUCGAUGCGGACUCGGACAACAAGCGUAACCCAAUGGGUUGGGUAUCAACGGCCGAGAAGAGCGGUGAGGUGUAG